AACUCUUUAUAUAUACACACGUAUAUAUACGUGACACACCCCAAAAGCUCUUUGAGAGAAUCAGCUGAUCGGUGAUCUUCUUUAAGAGGGAGAAGCAGAAGAAAUGGAGAUGAAGAGGUCCAUGGGUCUGUUCUUGAUGCUGCUCAUUGUCUUGGCUUCCCAAGAGGCGGUGAUGCCGACGGAAGCGAGGAUAUGCGAGUCGAAGAGCCACAGGUUCCGUGGGGUCUGCAUGAGCAACAGCAACUGUGCCAGUGUCUGUCACAACGAGGGCUUCCCUGGUGGCCGAUGUCGGGGCGUCCGCAAACGCUGCUUCUGCACCAAGGUCUGUUGAUCCCCCUCAAUGUCUCAGCCGGCCGACCCAUCAUCGCCAUUUAUCCUACCAAAUGCGAGAUCAUCUCUGAUGUUUAAUGUAAUGUUUAAUAUAUAUGCAUCUAAUAUAGGCAGGAGAGAGCAGUCGAUCUGAUUUCAACCUUGGUUAUCGAUUUCUCUAGUUCCCCUCUAGCACGUUGAGUGAUACAGAGAGGGAAGCCUCGGCCCUCGUCAGUAGCUUGUUAUGAUUAUUUCUAUGAGUCAUCGUUCUGUGCUGUGUUUUUCCACGUCCAGCUUAAGUUAAUUACGUGAUCUAGUUCUUCGUAAUGGCCAUAUGAUGGUGGUCUAGCUUGUACCGGCAAUAUGAUGGCGAUUUGUGAGCCAACUCGGAGUGUUCGUGUGCUCAUGCCCACUCUAUUUAAAGCUUGAAAGCUUGCUUCGUAUUGCAGCCGAGCGAAAUGCUCUUACUUUGUUUA